AUGGUCCUUACUGUAGCAAGUAGGAAAACUCUUUUCGGUGUGGGAGACACCGAAUUUCAUGAUGAAAGCUCUCAUGAUCUUAUAUGUCAUGAUAUGGACAUCUCUCGUCUUAUGGUGCAUGCACAACAAAUUGAGGAGGAAAAACUUAAGGAAAAAUCUAGGGAGGUAAAAGGGCUAGGACCGGUGAUGGAAAUUUCUCUAGUGCAAGGUCCGAUGGACAAGGUUGUCCUAGAUUUAGACAAAGGUUUUCCGGUUAAGGUUCCUCCAAUGCUCCUCCUAAGUUCAACAAAGAUAAGGUGUCUUAACCCUAAACUUCAAGGAGGUAAUGAUAGUGGAUCUUCGUUGCCCAUGUCUACUUGUACUAAGUGUGGAAGGAAGCACGAUGGUAAGUGUCUAGCCGGCACAUAUGGUUGUGGUAAAAGUGGUCACAAAAUGAGGGAUUGCCCGAUGCUUAAGGUGAAAAGAAGAGAGGGCACGCAAGCUACUCCUAGUGGUUCGGGUCUCAACGUUCCUAAGCAAAACCGUUUCUAUGCACUCCUAACCCGAGGUGAACAAAAGAGUUCUCCGGAUGUGGUUACCGAUGAGUCCUGA